AAGAUGAACAUCCAGAUUGCGCCCGAGCACAAGCUCUCGUCGGUGGCCCCGCUCAAGGAAUGCAACGUAGAUAAAAAGGAAGUCGAGCUCUUGCUGGUCAAGGACCAGAACGGCGUACAGUACACCAGCUCAUCAAUCGUCCCCGCGUCAAGCCGAUACGCUGGGCCACCCGGGUCUAACUCCGAGGAGGAGCGGGAGUUGUGGGGCAAGAAAAUUGACUUUCUACUCUCCGUCAUUGGUUUCGCGGUCGACUUGGCGAAUGUAUGGAGAUUCCCUUACCUGUGCUACAAAAAUGGAGGGGGAGCCUUUUUGAUCCCCUACAUUCUUUUCUUGGUCAUUGCGGGGAUGCCAUUGUUCUACAUGGAACUGGCCUUGGGCCAGUACACCAGGGAAGGGGCGGCCACUGUGUGGAAGAUCUGUCCCAUCUUUAAAGGCGUAGGCUACACAGUGAUUGUCAUCGCACUUUACGUGGGUUUCUACUACAACGUCAUCAUCGCCUGGUCUCUGCACUACUUGUUCUCCUCCAUGACCCGCGAGCUGCCGUGGCUCAAAUGCGACAACCCUUGGAACAGCCCUAACUGCACUGACCCCAAGGCAAUCAACAGCUCGGUCCUGGGCAAUGGUACCACAUAUGCCAAGUACAAGAUUACCCCAGCAGCGGAAUACUAUGAACGCGGUGUGCUGCACCUCCAUGAGAGCAAAGGUAUCGAGGACCUGGGCCUUCCUCGUUGGGAGUUGUCACUGUGCCUGGUAGUGGUGGUCUUCAUUCUUUACUUCAGUUUAUGGAAAGGUGUCAAGUCCUCAGGGAAGGUGGUUUACAUCACUGCCACCAUGCCCUACGUGGUCCUGUUUGUGUUGCUCAUUCGAGGAAUCACGUUGCCGGGAUCCAUGGAUGGCAUUCGUGCCUAUCUGCACAUCGACUUUAAGAGGCUCAACAAUCUAGAGGUGUGGAUUGAUGCUGCAACCCAGAUAUUUUACUCCCUCGGAGCAGGAUUUGGGGUGCUCAUUGCCUUUGCUAGCUACAACAAAUUUGACAACAACUGCUACAGGGAUGCUCUUUUGACCAGCACUGUGAACUGCGUCACCAGUUUCUUCUCAGGAUUCGCCAUUUUCGCUGUGUUGGGUUACAUGGCGUACAAACACGGGGUGAAAAUAGAAGACGUGGCAACCGAGGGGGCGGGAUUGGUGUUCAUCAUCUACCCAGAAGCUAUUUCUACCCUUCCGGGCUCAACGUUUUGGGCGAUUGUGUUCUUUAUCAUGCUGCUGACUCUCGGCAUCGACAGCUCAAUGGGAGGCAUGGAGGCCGUCAUCACAGGACUGGCGGAUGAUUUCAAGAUCUUAAAGAGGAACAGGAAGCUGUUCACCUUCGCAACAGCCUUUGGCACUUUCUUGUUUGCAUUGCUCUGCGUGACUAAUGGUGGAAUCUACGUGCUGACACUAUUGGACAAGUAUGCUGCCGGGACAUCCAUUCUCUUCGCUGUGUUGAUCGAGGCCAUUGGCGUCUCAUGGUUUUAUGGUGUGGAUCGCUUCAGCGAAGAUAUCGAAAAAAUGAUGGGCUUCAAGCCGGGACUUUACUGGAGACUGUGCUGGAAAUUCGUCAGCCCUACUUUUCUUUUGUUUGUGGUCAUUGCCAGCACGGUGACCUCGUCAGGCCUCAAGUAUGAUGAAUAUAUCUUCCCCCAUUGGUCCAACGUUUUGGGAUGGGGCGUGGCCAUGUCCUCGAUGAUUUUUGUGCCCGUCUAUGCUGUGUACAAAUUCUGCAGCGUGCCAGGAACCUUCAAAGAGAAAAUAGCCUAUUGCAUCACUCCCGAACAUGAACAUCACUUGGUGGCGGAGGGAAACAUACGGCAGUUUAAACUCAGGCACUGGUUGGCCAUCUGA